UCAUCACAUACCCAACACCAAAAAACAUAUCAACCCAUCAUUUCUUUCAAUAAUUAUUCAAAAAAAGAACAUUCCAUAAACAGAAUAACAGAAACUUCCUAUAUUUUAUCUCCUUUUUAAAUUAAAUUGACAAACAUUAGAAAACACAAAGACAAUUAAUCCCUUAAUUUCCCCUCUAAUUCUUUUUGUUUAUCUAAUUCUUGAUUUUUUUAGGGGGAUUGAAUAUUAAGAAUAUAGAUUCUUGAAUUAAUGGGUACCUUAAUUAGGCCUUUGGCCAUAUUAAUGGCAUGGUUAAGUUUAUUUCAAGGGCUUAUGGUUGGUGUUAAUGGUACUUUUAAUUAUAAAGAUGCCCUUACUAAGUCAAUUAUUUUCCUAGAAGCACAAAGAUCAGGAAAACUUCCCCCAAAUAAUAGGUUACCUUGGAGGGCAGAUUCUGCUCUUGAAGAUGGUAAACUUGUAAAUUCGGACCUAGUUGGAGGAUACUAUGAUGCCGGAGACAAUGUGAAAUAUGGACUUCCGAUGGCUUUUACGGUAACAACUCUUGCAUGGAGCGCUAUUGCUUAUAAAAAAGAGUUACAAGCUACUCAUGAAUAUGAUAAUGCCCUUGCUGGCAUCAAAUGGGGCACUGAUUAUUUUCUCAAAGCCGCUAGCAAACGUAAUCGUUUGUAUGUCCAGGUGGGGGAUCCGGUACUUGAUCAUCAAUGUUGGGUUCGACCGGAGACUAUGCAAACGCCAAGAAAUGUGUUGAAAAUAGAUGAGAAUGAGCCUGGAACUGAGAUUGCUGCAGAAACUGCAGCAGCAAUGGCUGCUGCUUCCAUUGUUUUUCGACCCUUAAACCGAACUUACUCUCGUCGUCUUCUUAACAAAGCUAAAUUACUUUUUACAUUUGCAAAAUCACACAAAGGAACAUUUGACGGAGAAUGCCCCUUCUAUUGCUCUUACUCCGGCUACAAUGAUGAGCUAAUGUGGGCAGCGACAUGGCUAUACGUGGCAACCAAGAAGCCAUUGUACUUGAAAUACAUUACAGACGAAUCAAUUAAUGCUAAUGUUGCUGAAUUUAGCUGGGAUCUCAAAUAUGCUGGAGCACAAGUCAUACUCUCUCAGUUUUUCUUUCAAGGAGAGAAGGGUUUAACCCCUCAUAAAAAUGGAGCUGACAGUUUUAUAUGUUCAAAUCACCCUGAUAGCCCCUACCAUCAAAUUUUUAUGUCUCCGGGUGGUUUAAUUCACUUGAGAGAUGGAGCCAAUAGUCAAUAUGUUACUGGAACUGCUUUAUUGUUUAGUGUCUACAGUGACAUUCUUAGACGCUACAAUCAAAAAGUCACUUGUGGAGACAAGCAACUCGAUCCCGACACCCUCAUGAACUUCGCCCGUUCACAGAUGGAUUACUUACUAGGAAACAAUCCACAAAAAAGAUCAUACAUGGUAGGAUUUGGAAACAACCCACCAAAACAACCACAUCAUAGAGGAGCAUCAGUACCAAAAAUUCAAGCACAGAGUGUAGUGAGUUGUCCCAUGAGUUUCGUCUACUGGUUCAAUAAUAACGGCCCGAACCCGAACGAGUUAACCGGUGCAUUUGUGGGCGGACCAGACAAACUUGAUAACUUUGUGGACCUAAGAUCAGCUUCUUCAUUUACUGAGCCAUGCACUUAUGUUAACUCGCUUGCUGUUGGUGUUCUUGCAAAAUUAGCAUCACCUUAAUUGUUUAGGUUAUUUUAUAUGAAUUCACCAUUUUUAUAUUAUUGGGCAUGAAAAAUUGUAAGUCUUUGACUCAACUCGUCAUUGAGUCUAUCAUCAAAACUGAGAUUUGUAUACUUUUUCUGAUAAUUUUACCAUGUAAUUUUCUUUUA